AUGGAAUUUCUAGGGAAAUGGCUGGCUGAUCUAUGUGCUAAGGCUGAGCACAUGAUUGGCACUUGUGGUGGUGGAAUGGAUCAAGCUUGUGAGAUUCUUGCCGAAGAUGGUGCAGCAUUGCGCAUCGAUUUCAAUCCGCUCACCACGAGAUUGGUGAAGCUGCCAGGAAACGCGUUGUUUGUUGUCCUUCAUUCAGGCGAUUAUCUAAACAAAGCCAGCUCCUCACAGUACAAUGAACGGGUGAUCGAAUGUCGAGUGGCUGCGCAGUUUCUUGGAAAAUUUCUUGAGCUACCUAAUUGGAAAAGCAUGCGAAGGCUUCGGGAAAUUCAAGAAAAAUCAGGAAAGACUCUUGAAGAGCUCUUGCAACUAGUGAAAACGGUGAUCCCGGAAAAUGUAACAGCUGAAGAAGUGAUCGCUGAAAUUGGAAAAGAUAGCCUCACAGCCUUGCUAACAGAAAAUACAAAACAUAUGAAAGAAUUCAACCUCAGACCCAGAGCUUCGCAUUGUUUUGGAGAAGCCAAACGGGUGAACGAUUUCGAAGAAGCUUGUAAACGAGAGGAUCUCACUGCAAUGGGUCAACUUAUGAAUCAAAGUCAUAAAAGUUUACAAGAAAACUACCAAAACACGAGUCCAGGGAUCGAUAAGUUGAUCAAUGAGUGCAAAAAAGCUAAUGUUCUUGGAGUGCGAAUGACUGGUGGUGGAUGGGGCGGCUGUUUGGUGGCUUUGCUCGACAAAAAUAAUCCGAUUGAUCUCUCACAGCUCAAUGUGCUCUUUAACUCUUCGCCUUGCCAAGGAAUCACUUUUGAGGAACUUUAUGAUCAGAAA